AUGUCACGGUGGCUAAUUCCCGGAUCGAACGCACGUACCGCGCCCCACAAGAACGGUGGCGCGAGAUCGACCAAGGCGCCGGUUCUCGGCGCCGGUCUUACUAACAACGGGCCAGAUUUACACCUGGCCCAACCCGCAUCGAGCAAACGCGGGAGUGAGGACAAGGGGAGGACAGACAUAUCAAAGGCUAAGCCCGUCAGCGGCGCCAAGAAUUGCAAUACUGGCGCCAAGUCCUCCCCAAACUAUUGCACGACGUGUGACACAGCUUUUACGUCGGCAGUGCAGCUAAGAACGCACAAGAUGGCAAGAGCAUGCGAAGACAGGCUCCAAUGUAAGCACUGUCCAAUGAGAUUUGGCAGUUACAAGUCCACCCGACAGCACGAGCGGAGGGCACACCCGGUGGAAUACGCCGGUGAGAUCGAGAAGAUGCGCGGUCCUCUGCCAGAACCAGAGAUCUUGCAGAUCAUGGCGAGGAUCGAAGCCCGUGAACCAGCCGGGCGAGUUAAUAAGUGCAUGGCUGAAGCCACAGAUCUCACCGUUGACCAGGUGCGGUUCAGGAGGAGGAAGCCCGAGUAUCAGAGAUAUCUCGAGCUCGCCCGGAAGCAAUUCCGGGCCUCUGGUACUCGGAUUUUACCAGCAAAAUCUUCUUCCCCCGCCGCAUCUACUAGCGGAUCCUCCGUGGUGUGCCAGACGCCCGUGCCCGAGGGAAAGGACAAACUUAAACAACCAGCCUCCUGCGAAAACGAGCCUCUUUCGCAGGACAUGGAGUCUCCUCUGCUUCAGAAGGUAUCAGCAAGGCAGAAGCGGAUGAGGGAGAGUUGCUCACCGCACGACCUCAACCCCGCCAAGAGGAAGACGGCUGGAGUAGGGACGGAUGUAGGCAGGAAUACGAGCUCUAUUAGUACUAGCUCUAAGGCCACCGGUUCCAACGGUGCGCCAAAAAAUGCCCGAGAUGGCAAGAGGAAGAGGAGAGAGAGCGACUCUCCAAUUCAAUCGAAAAUCGUUCAACCCAGAACUGUGGUCGCCAGUCCUAGCGACCAACUUGGCAUGGAACCUGCGCGUUCUAAAGUACCCGUAUCGCUGCGUGAGAACGCAGCUCACCAUUCCGGGUCUGGUAACCUCUCCGGUCGUAAUACGACCGCGGCUCCCCAUGCUCCUGAGGCAGAGCUGCCUCCGUUUCCGCUGAGAGAUCUCGCACCAAAGGUGAACAUAAACUCUACUUUUGUAGAGUACCUGCGAGAUGCUCGAAGCGGAUUCAAUCUUCCUGAGCAUGGGGAGAUCCGUCGCGUCAUUGAUAUGGCGCUUCUCGGCUCCACAGAACAACUGACGGUCGCUCUCGACCGUUGGGUGGAGUCGAGAUUUUCAUCCAACAAACGGACCAAGAACAAUCGCACGAGAGGUGCCAGUAAACCCGGUAGGCACUACAAUCAGGCCAAAGGCGGCAGCGGCAAGCGCGCGGCCGAGUACAAGAAGGCGCAGGACCUCUAUGCCAAGGACAGAUCUGGCCUCGCAGAACGCGUGCUCAAAGGGCAGGGCAUGCACGAGUCAAUCGAACUCCCUUCCUUGGCGGAAGUGGAAGCGUUAUAUGGCGGAAUCUGGGAGUCCUUACCCGCUGGGGACGACGAACCGAUCGCGGACCCCAAAGUAGCAGAACGCUCUGCGUUCUAUCCGAUCACACCUGAUGACGUCAGCAAAUGGAAGGCCAACUGGCAGAAUUCUGCACCCGGCCCAGAUGGAAUAACAGUAGCUGACGUCAAAAAGAUGAGUAACAACGAGUUGAGCGUGGUAUUUACCACCAUCUUUGGGAGCAAAAUCCACCCAACAACGUGGAAACAAAGCCGCACAAUACUGGUGCCCAAGGAUGGUGAUAGACGGAGGGCCGAAAACCAUAGACCCAUUACCAUCGGGUCUGCACCGCUUCGGCUCCUUCAUAGGAUCGUUCAGGGCCGUAUUGGAGCAGCGAUCCAGCUCAGCCAUCAUCAGAGGGGCUUUGUAAAGAUGGACGGCACGCUGGCUAACGUGCUUAUUCUGGACCACUAUAUCGGGUCGCGGAAGGAUGCCGGGAAGAGCUAUAACGUUCUCUCGGUAGACCUCCGCAAAGCUUUUGAUAGUGUCCAGCAUGCCUCCAUCUUGAGAGGCCUCCGGAGGGUUGGGCUGGAAGAGGGGAUAGUGGAAUAUGUGGCGAGCACCCUCGCCGAUAGUAUCACCACCAUAAAGGUUGGCAAUGAAAUUUCUCGCCCUAUUCAUAUCCGGCGGGGCGUUAAACAGGGCGACCCACUAUCCCCCUUGCUCUUCAAUAUAGUCGUGGACGAACUCCUUGAAGCACUGAACCGCGACUGGGCUGGCGGUUCGCUCAACUCCGAGAUGAGGAUUGCCGCUAUGGGGUUUGCGGACGAUAUCGUUGUGCUAGCGGAUAGGAUUAUCGACUUGCCUCUGAUGCUGGGUGAGGUAGAGUCGUUUGCAACCAGCAGGGGUUUAGCUUUGAAUGCGAAGAAGUGCGUCGCAUUAUGUGCCGUCACCUCUUCGGGAGAUAAGCGACCCCUGCCCGUGACUAGGGCCUUUCUUAGUGUUGGCGGUGAGAAGAUACCGCAGAUUAACGUACUUUCCACUUUCAAGUAUCUCGGGCACAAUUAUGGCGCUACUGGUAUUAAUAAGGCCAAUAUUCCUAACCUUCAGGCCUGGCUGAGGAACAUAGAGACCGCGCCGUUGAAGCCAGAUCAGAAGCUUACGCUUCUGAAUCAAUAUCUAAUCCCCAAAUUACAAUACGGCCUCCAGUCUCCAGGGAUCUCGGGGGGGGUGCUCAAGGAUGUUGAUCGCCAUGUGCGGGGAGCCGUAAAACGCUUUUUGCACAUGGCUACUCACACCUCUGAUGCGGCCAUCCACGCGAAAAUUACAGAUGGAGGAUUGGGCAUCCCGGAGCUUAGGAGAGUGGUGCCUCAGAUCCUUCUUAAAAGGAUCACUAAGCUCCUUUUGGAGACUGGCGACGACGUGGUUUCAUGUGUUCUUCAGUCAGACCGAAGUCUGGCGUUACUUCGCCGAAUUCAAAACUUGGCGGGCGAUGUCCCAGCGGAGCAACUCUGGCGUGAGGCAAUUGCCUCGGGACCAUCCACUGCUGGCAUGCAGUAUGCCUCCGAAGACGCCGCUUCUAGGAGCUGGCUCCGGAACCGCCCUUCAGGCUGGUCCGGAAGAGACUUUGUUCGAGCCGUGCAUUUAAGAUCGAAUAACCUUCCCACCAACGGCCUGCCAUAUAAACCUGCAGAUCUGAGGAUGUGCAGAAACCAAGGGUGCAAGAAUGUGGAAACUCUUAGCCACAUUCUGCAAAAGUGCGAUCUUGUUCAUGAAGAGCGAGUGCGACGCCACAAUGAAGUGGCCAACAAGAUCGCCACCCAUGCCAGAUCGAAAUGGCAGACCGAGGAGGAACCACAUGUGCGUCACCCCGACGGGCAGCUGUACAAGCCUGACAUAGUCGUACAUCUCGAAGGGGCUCGCACUGUGGUUUGCGACAUUCAAGUGUCAUGGGAGGGUAAUAACGGACUCGGGCAACCAUGGCAGCGAAAAAGGCUCGUCUACGGCAACGACAAGUUCGUGGAGGCUGCUCGUCUUCGAUGGCCGGGCCGUACGUUUGAAUUUUUGCCCCUUAUCAUCGGGGCCCGCGGCAUAUGGCCGCGCUGCAACGAGCCCACUGAACGUGCGCUUGGACUGACAAAACAGCUUAAAGACAGCUGUGUCCAUAGCGCACUUAAGUGGGGCUCGUCCAUGCACGCUACAUUCAUGCGUCGGGCUCGAGCUAUCGAAGCUAAAUCCGGCCGCGUGUAA